AAAUAUAAUAUUUGAAAAUAUGUUAAAUAUAGGAAAACCAUCGGCCAAAGAUCAUGCAGAAGUGGCCAAACAUGUGAAAGCGAGACUUUUUGACGAAGAACGAAAAAAACGAAUUUUCAAUCCAACUACUAGAAUUAUUGGUAUCGAUAAAGAUGCCCUCGAUAGACAAGUCCAAGAAAAGAAAAUACUUCGAGACCAAGAACAAGCAAAACACCAAGCGUAUUCAAACAAAUUGUUACAAGAUUGUGCCACGUCGUUACAACUAGACGAACAAAAUAAAAAAAAACAAAAGGAAAUAGAUUUAGAGAUUUUAGAGUAUAGAAAAAAAUAUCAAGCCCCUGAAACACGGAGGGAGUUCGACAUAUACGAUCCACUACAAUGCAGAAAAGGUCAGCCAAACCGUAUCGGCGACGAUGACCCUAGAAUCACAUUGUCGUCGGUUCAACGAUUUGAAGGCGAAGAGGGCACGACGAAAGAACAAAAAGCGGAACAGAUAAAACAACAGCGUGUGUGGUUGGAGAUGCAAAUACGCGAAAAAAAUAUGACUCGAGAAGAGAAUAAAAAUGUCGAACGUACAUGGCAAGAAACCGAACACACGACCGUUCAACGAGCAAUGGCACUUGCAACGCUUGAAAAUGAGUGUAGAAGAAAACUGAUAGAAGCAAAUUACCGGUACAACCAAGCUCUAGCGUCCGAGCAAAAAAUGAACAAAAGUAUUAUGGAAGCCGAGAGCAACGAAGACAAAAUGGCAGAAGUGUACAACGCGAUCACAGGAGACUUUUUGACGGAAAAUCCCGAACUUGGGUUCAACAGUGCUUUAGGGCCAGGAAAAAUAUCGACGUCGCUCUACAAAGGAUUAACGCCGGCCAUGAAACAAGCGAUAUACGACGAACAAGCUAGUCAAAGAGCAGAACUUAAGAUACGAAAAGAGGCAUACGAUAAACAAGAAAAAGAUUGGGCCGAUCUUUUAAAUAUACUGGCCAGGUGCGGUACACUCAGCGAUCGAGAAAUGCAAAAGAAAAAAAGAAACUUGGAAGAUGGAAUAAAGGACUUCAACUUAGUUCUAGCUAACGAACAGAAAAAUAAAGAAGAGUUUUUGAAUAACGUUUUGUAUAAAACUAAAGCUUCGAAUGAAUUUUUUGAUCAGUUUAAUAAAACCAGUCGCUAAUACAUACUUUUAGUCAAGUCUUUAAGUAUCUCAAUGACUCAAAUAUCUGAAGUAUAUAUUAUAGUAAUAUCUCAAGUAUCUGAAAAAAAUUUUAAAGUUAUGAUUGUAAAAUAUUAUAAAAUAUUGAACGCUGGUAAAUAUUAAAUAAAACGCAUUUAUAGUGGUUAAUUAUAUAAAAAACAUUCCUCCUGCCUCUCAGAAGCCUAAAUUUAAUUCUGAAGAUUUUUAACAAUGUUGCA